AUGCUGGUUCUCCUGGAAGAGACCAACUCUGAUAUAUCCAUCCUCAUGGCUGCCAUAUUGGGCAUCUACAAAAUCCCACAGAUCAGCUACACUUUUAUUUCGCCGAUCCUGAGUGAUAAAACUCAGUUACCCUUUUUCUAUCGGACCAUCCCCAAACAAGAUGCCCAGUACGUGGGGAUUGUUAAACUGCUGCUGUAUUUUCAAUGGACAUUCAUUGGCGUCUUUGCUGCAGACACUGAUAAUGGAGAACAUUUCAUUAGGACUCUCGUUCCUGUGCUGGCUCAGAAUGGCAUCUGUGUUGUAUUUUCACAAAUCAUAUUAUUGAAAGAUGAGAACUUCAAGUAUCUGAUUUCUGUUUUCAACAUGUGGACCCAAAUCAACGACAUCAACCAGAACAGGCAUCUCUUACCCAACAUCACCCUGGGUUAUAAUAUCUAUGAAAACUUCUACAAGGCAGAAAUGACUUCAGAUCCUUUGCUGGAUCUCCUUUCAGAUGGGGAGGCCGAUGUCCCCAACUACAGGUGUGGAAGGCAGAGAAACACAGUGGCUGUUCUGGAAGAGGCUGAAACUGGCAUCUCUGUCCAGAUUUCAACCAUGUUGAGCAUCUACAAAAUUCCUCAGCUUCACCCUUUCCUUCAAAGUUCUCAGUUUUACAAUAAUUCCAUAGAAGGGGUAUAUUUGAAUGAGAAAGGAGAUCUGACAGCUGACUUUGACAUUUUGAACUGGGUCAUUUUCCCCAACAAAUCUGUCAAGAGAGUAAAAACUGGGAGUCUAGAAAAGGGGGCAACUCAGAAUUUUGAAAUUACCAUUAAAGAGAAGAAUAUCACACAGGUGGAAAUGCUGAACAAGCUUCAUCCUUUCCUCCGGACUUCUCAGUUUUAUAAUAAUUCCAUCGAUGGGGUAUAUUUGGAUGGGAAUGGAGAUCUGGUAGCAGAUCUGGACAUUGUAAACACAGUGGUUUUCUCCAAUCAGUCUGUUACCAAAGUGACAGUUGGGAGUCUAGAAAGAGUGGGAUCCUUGGAUUUCAAGUUGCUCAUGAACCAGAAUGCUAUUUUAAAGAUGGAAAUGCUGAAUAAGCCCCUGUCCCUUUCCAGAUGUGUGAAAAACUGUCCUCCUGGAUUUAUGAAGGUGACUCAGGAAGGGAAGCCCAUCUGCUGCUACAAUUGUCAUCCUUGUGGAGAAGGCUCCAUCUCCACCCUGGAAGGUAGGUAUGCAGAGAAAUGUAUCCAAUGUCCAGAAGAUCAACAUCCAAACAUCAAUCGAGUUCAUUGUAUUCCCAAGAUGAAAAGCUUUCUUUCUUAUAAGGAAAAUCUGGGGAUUAUCCUGACUUCCAUUGCCUCAUUCCUCUCUUUGACGACAGGCUUUGGCUUGUGUAUCUUCAUUAAAUUCUUGGAAACACCAAUUGUCAGAGCCAACAACCGUGAUCUCUCCUACAUCCUCCUGGUCUCCCUCCUGCUUUCCAUUUUGACCUCCUUCCUAUUCAUUGGCCAGCCAAGGAGAGUGACUUGCCUUCUCCAACAGACAUCCUUCAGCAUUAGCUUUUCAAUUGCAAUUUCUUCAAUCUUGGCCAAAACAAUCACAGUAGUUUUGGCCUUCUUGGCCACAAAACCAGGGAAUAAAGUGCAGAGAUGGCUGGGGAAGAGCUUAGCCAACUCCAUUGUCCUUUCUUGUUCUGGCCUCCAAGUUGUCAUCUGCAGCAUCUGGUUGGGCAGUUUUCCUCCAUUCCCUGACUCUGACAUGCAUUCCCUACCUAGAGAGAUCACCCUACAAUGCAAUGAAGGCUCUGUCACCAUGUUUUAUGUUGCUCUUGGAUACAUGGGCUUCCUGUCUGCUGUCUGCUUCACAGUGGCUUUUCUGGCCAGGAAUCUCCCUGGGGCCUUCAAUGAAGCCAAGGUGAUCUCUUUCAGCAUGCUGGUCUUCUGCAGUGUCUGGGUGUCCUUUCUGCCUGCCUAUCUGAGCACCAAAGGGAAAUACAUGGUGGCUGUGCAGGUCUUCUCCAUCUUGGCCUCCAGCAGUGGUUUGCUGGGCUGCAUGUUCAUCCCCAAAUGCUACCUUAUUAUAUUUAAGCCAGAACUGAAUACCAAAGAACAUAUGAUGUCAAAAUAA